AUGAUAUUAAAAGCACCUAUAAAACUCAUCUGUACAUUAUUUCUGCCCGUUGUGGACUACGAGAUCUACAGGCACGGCUGGUGCAAGCUGCUCAACUGCAUCCAGAUAAUCACUACCCCCUUAUUUGGGAUCACUCUGAUUCACUCAAUCAUGUUGAAUGAAUUCACUGGAUUUGUUAUUAUACCUCAAUUCGCAUAUGCCCAGUGGAGUCUUUGCAUUACAGUUCCCCUGGCUAUCAUUGUAUUCGUUCAUUCCCGAACCGAUAUACCACCCGUGUACCAUUCGAUGUUCCUUGGCUUGAAUGCCGGCGGUUGUCUGCUAAUAAUGGGGAUUUGUGCUGCCGAGCUGGAGAUCCUGUGCUGCAUUGCGGGACUGAUCGUCUACCUUUCCGAGGGCUUCGUCGCCGUCACCUUCCGUUCGAUGGCCGGUUCCAUCGAUGAUACGAUUGUGGUUGUAUCUCUGGCCUUGGAGGGGUACGAACAACUGGCCCUGGGCGCUAUACUUGGUGCCCCCAUCUUUAAUAUAUUGGUUAGCAUGGGAUUGGCUAUUCUGCUUCAGGAGACGGUCCGCCACGGCACUGCUUGGUUCCUCAUUGGAAAGCAUGGCAUGAACUGUUACAUCUUUUUGAAUGUGGCCGUCAUAUCCAUGUUGUUUUGGACCUUGACUUUCAACUACAUCGCGCGCCGCUCAGCUGGGGUAUUCUCAUUUCUUUUGUACUUAAUUUUUAUCAUUUUUGCCGCCUGCGUUGAGUGGAACGUGGUUCAUGAGUUCUCCAAAGAUCUUCAUGUGGAUCCAAAAUAAAAUCAAAAGGACCUAUUUCCUAGCAGAAAACCCACCAAAAAACCAAACAACUAGGCAGUCAAUGUGCCGCCCAUGU